AAUCGUCGUGUAGUGCUAAUUCAAAGAAAUUCAUCAAGUGUGAUUAAAUUAUUUUCGUCUCUAAACAAAAUUCUCCCUUAGAAUUUAAUUUUUAGAUAUAAUUAUCAAUUAGUGAAAUAAAGAACAUGUCCGAAGAUUAUCAAUAUGCAUGUCAAAGAGCCGAAUUACUAGGAUUACCAACCCCAUCUCAAGAAGAAUGGGCCAAUAGUGAAGAGGCUCAAAAAAGAAAUAACGAACAAGAAGAAAAUUCAGAUAUUGCAAAAGCACAUGAAUUGGAUGAAACGGAUGAGAGUACGAAACGAGUAGGCGGUGGAUUAGAUGAAUUAAAUAGUAUUCUUUCAGCCACACAGAAAAAAAUCAACAGGUUCAAGACAGUGUGUGGAAGUUUGGGGACACUAUUAAAAGUUCGCUCAAAAUCACAACCAGGCACACCUGAGCACAAAACUCGUAAAUCCAACAAAGAAACAAGCAAUUCAGAGGAAAGGGAAGGAGACGAUGAAAAGAAUCACAAAACUAAAACAACGGCUCAAAAUCCUGAAGAUGAUCCAACUUUAGGGGAGGGUGGAAGAAUAAGUUCAAUGUCACAGAAAAAAAUUGAUAUCAAUCAGAAAAUUGGAUCACACAUUGAUAAAUUAGAUUCCCUCAUCAAUAAAGCGGAAAAUGCCCAAUUUUGUAUGCAACAUCAGACGAAACAAAUGAAAAAAAUUCUGAAAUAAAUAGCAGUUUCAUUGACAAGUAAGAAUGCGAAUACAAUUUUUUUUACAUUUCUACACUGAGAGACAUUUGGAACUGUAGCGGAACAACGUAUGUGACUAUGAUUCUGGUGCGCUGUGAUACAAUUUUGGGAGCGUGACUGUCCAAAAUGUUGGUAAGCAGCUCACCGAAGUAGUGGGGAUGCCGCCUUUGGUUUGCAGCUAAACAACUUUUGGACUGUCACGCACCCAAAAUUGUACCGCAGCAACCCAAAAGUAAAGUUCUGUAGCCUUCCACCAAAAUGGUCAGUGUAUACUAUUUGUUCUUCUAAAAUUAUUUUACUUAAUUAGCAGAAGAAAAUCGAUGCCACAUUAUCUGCAUUAAUUCAAUAAUUUUUUUUUUAUUUUCAUGAAAUUUGGAAAAUUCAAUUUAACAAAUUUUUUUUUGCUUAACAAGCAAAAACAGUUUUAUUUCAAACAACUAUACAAAUUAGCGAAAUUUUUAUAAGUGUAUCAGUUAAGACUUUCGCUAUUCUAGAGAAACUUAUCGCUGAUUCAGGUAAAAUAUUGUUACAGUGAAAUAUUUUCAACCUUUCGCUUCAACCUUUUAUAAAAAAUUAAAAAUACUGUAGUUAACCAGAUGCAAAAAUUUAAAAAACAGUAUUAUAACAGAAGAUUAUUAAGAUUUCUCUUACUGUUUGCUAUAUUGAAUGACAAUUAUGACAAGUUUCCUAAAUCGUUUCGCGUGAUUAUUUAAAUUCGCUAUAUAAUAUGUGUGUAAUGUUAUAAAAAUA